UGAACAUCGAGCUAUUUGGAUUCAGUAUUGAAAACAAACCUCGUUAUAUAGCCUCAGUGAAGAAAAUUUUGAAGUCGUAACAAUUUUCAGGAUGGUAAAAAUUAAGGAAAUUUUAAUCUGUGCAUCUAUAAUAUUAUUGUCAACUAUGCAGCCUGAAGCCUCUCUUCUAAGCUACCCAAAGCAUAAAAGGGAUUCCUUUCAACAACAAGAAAAACAACGUUCACCCUUAUCUAUGCCAAUAACCCCAAAAUGUGGAGAGAACCAAAAGCAUUUCUGUGUAAAAAUCGAAAAUUAUCCGAAAAAAUUACUAGAAAAUUAUCUGCGAAGAGAGAAGAAAUACCACCAGUUUUUCAGGGAAGAUAUGUUACCCCCGAAAAAUUUCUCCCGACGUUUAGAUGAUGGUUAUAUACGCCUGCCGCUGUGUGAAUAUCAAGAAAGGAUCAUUUUCCCCCAAGCAGCCAAAACUAAAGACAAUGAGUGGAGCAUAAUCGUGAAUCAUGCAAACUACAUUCAAGGAGUUCGAGUUGAAGAAUGCCUUAAACCCAAUGAGCCUUGCUGCAUGACAUCUAAUUUUCCUUCAGCGAUGCAGCAUCAAUGUCGACAGAGAUAUACCUAUAGGCAAUUGGUAUCGGUUGAUUCAUUUGGAAACGUAGCGAAAGAAUUGUUUCGGUUACCUUCUUGUUGCAUGUGCACUAUCAUUUCUGAUUGAUUAUUAUUCCUAAAAAAAUAAAGAAUACAAUGUGGAGAUAUCCACCAAUGCUUAUUUUAUCCAAAACUAUAGUAACUAAAUAAAUGUCCACAGUGGUAUUAAUAAAUUUUUGGUUUUUGUCUAGA